AUGUCCAGGCGUAAUAGGUACGGGGAUGAUGCUCCAGAGCUAGCUCCAAUAUUGCAUAGCUAUGGUCGCGCAUUACUAGAGCAUAUCAUUGCUACUUCGGGUGCGCUUGGUGGUGGGCCUGUGCCAAAUGCUGAGCCCGCAGAAUCGAUCUCCUUGCCAAAAAACAAAGAUUCAUGUUUCGAGUUUCGUAAUGACGUGAGCGAAGAAGACUCUGACAGCGCAUCAAAUCCUGUUGCGCUGGGAAAAAGAAAAGCUAAUGCUUCUGAAGAAGAAAGUGAGCCACAACAGCCUGAUGACCCGGGACAAGAAGAAGAGUCUGAAAAUGAACAAGAGCAGGAAGAAGAUGAUGAUAUGGGCGUCGCAUUUACAGUGCUAGACUUGUCACGCGUGAUUUUUGAAAAAAUCUUACACGGAUCGGUGACUCAGAGCCCAGAAAGCCUAUCAAAAGGGAAGCAUCCUGCAAAACCUGAACUGAAACUUAUAACUGGCGAGGUUUGGGGCGAAACUGAAUUGCAAAUUGAGUUGGCUGAAGUACGAAAUGAUUUGGGUGAUAUAGGUCUGGAAACUGGUGCGUACAUGCACAGACUGACCAAAGAAAACUUUGAGCAAGCAUCUGUCGACUAUGAAGCCUCUCUCAACCUGCUGGCACCUUUGAUCCCGCCAUAUGCUCGCCGGCUUUCCGAUGCACAUCUACGGCUAGGUUUGGCACUCGAGUUUCAUCCCGAACAAAGCAGGCGUAAACUUGCCAAGGAUUAUAUCAAUCGAGCGGCUGAUGUGUUGCAACGUCGUCUCGAUCAGAUUUCUCAUAUCAACGAGCAUCGCGACGCACCCCCCGAGAAGCAUGUUUCUGACGCCGAUGCAAUAUGGCAGCUUGAUGAAGAUCAGAUUCGUCGUGAGGAAAAAGAUGUCCAGGAAAUGCUUCAGGAUUUAAGAGUCAAAGUAAGCGAUGCACAUGCUGAGCAUGAUGUGACUGACAGUGCAGCUCGAUGA